ACCGCUACGAGAGCCCAGCCUAAGUCCUGGCGACCUGCGGAGCUGAGCCCUCUGGGGUCCAGGGCCGGGAGUUCGGGCGUGCAGGGACUUGGGGUGCACCACACAUCCUGCUUUCUUCCCUCCCGGAGCGGAGCACCCAUGUUGCCGCGCCAGCCACCGAACUGCCCCCUCCGGAAUGCUGUCCCCACCCGGGUCUAGGGGACAAAGGCCGGUGUCCGCGCUGGAAACACUCCGGGGACACGCAGCCUCAGCUCCCAGCCCUGCUCCCCCGCGCUAGGGCCCAUGGGGUCCCCGUCCUCCUUACUCAGACGACCUGAGACUGUCCUGACCUGUUUGUGAGGAGCCUGGCUCCUACUGUCACCAACUUUCAAGGAAACCAACUGUUAUUUCUGACACCGCCUUGGGCCACUUGGCGGAGUCAGCUCCUGUAGGCCUCAGUCUGGAGAGGGCACAGGGGGAGACCCAGAAAAAAUCCAGCUGGUAUUUGCCAGGGAGGUUGGGACUGGGCGUACAAUCUCUGGUGGAGGAAGAUGCCCACUGCUUAACAGGUGUGUGCGACUGUGUCCCCCAUCCCUGAAGCCAUUCCAUCAGGCUGUGUAGAUUUGUUUGGUUGGUUUCUUCACACAAGGUCUCUGUAGCCGGGCUGGCCCCAAACUCAGGGCAGCUGUUCUGCCUCUGCCUCCUGAAUGCUGGAACACCAGCCAUGUGCCACCACAGUGAGGUACCCUCCCGAGAUGUGGCCUCCUGGGGCAUGGUGACUCUCUUGUUACACUAAUGGGUUUGGCCCUUUUGGGGAACACACUGUGAAUGCCAGCUGGAUUGCUGUCCAGGAGCUGGAGAAGCUGGGCCUUGGAGACAGCGUGGACCUGCAUGUGUAUGAGAUCCCGGUGGAGUACCAGACGGUACAGAGGCUGAUCCCUGCACUGUGGGAGAAACACAGCCCCCAGCUGGUGGUGCACGUUGGUGUGUCAGGCAUGGCCACCACAGUGACACUGGAGAAAUGUGGACACAACAAAGGUUACAAGGGACUGGACAACUGCCGUUUCUGCCCAGGCUCACAGUGCUGUGUGGAGGAUGGGCCUGAGAGCAUCGACUCCAUCAUAGACAUGGACGCCGUGUGCAAGCGUGUGACCACGUUGGGGCUGGACGUAUCUGUUACCAUCUCCCAGGAUGCUGGCAGGUACCUGUGUGACUUCACCUACUAUACCUCACUCUACCAGAGCCAUGGUCGCUCAGCCUUCGUCCAUGUGCCACCACUGGGCAAGCCCUACAAUGCUGACCAGCUGGGCCGGGCACUGCGGGCCAUCAUUGAGGAGAUGCUAGGUGUCCUGGAGCAGGCGGAGGGCAAGAUCAGCUGCUGCCACCACCACUGAUGGCUACCACACUGGGGACUCUGUCCCGCCUGGGAGCCCGGCAGCAGAUGCCGCCCUCAGGGACCCAGGCAAGGAGGACUGGCUCAUCACCAUGGGUCCAAUGGAAGGUCCUGAUUCAUACUUGUUCCCCCUGCCAGUGGAUCGCAGGGUGGUGGACAGAGAGCUUUGUCCCAGUGUCCCCAUGUGUGGAGACACAACUGCUGUGCCAGGAGGCCAAGGCAGGGCGAUAGCCAUGGCACUGCCACGACCACUGGGCCACGUCCACUGUCUGCUUUUGCAGGUCUAUGAAGAAAGCAAUUCCAGAGCUUUCUCUGACUAGGUUUCUUCAAAGUUCAGUGUCAUGAAGGAGUUUGGCCCUAAUCUAUGUCCCCAAACUCUGGGCAGCCCCAAGCAAAACCAGCCUGGGCUGUGGCUGACUCUCCCCUCCUCUUCCUCCUCUUCCUUCCUCCCUUCCUUCCUUCCUCUUUUUGAUGUGUUUUGAGACAUGGUCUGGCUGUGUAGCCCAGGUGGCCUUUGAAGUGCCCAUCCUCCUGCUUCAGCCUCCCCAGUGCUAUGAUGACAGGUGUGGGCCACCGUUUAGGCUUCCCUUCGCUCUGUCCCUCCCUCCAUCCCUCCCUCUUUCCCUUCUUCCCCUUCUCCCUCCCUCACCCUCCUUGGUGAUUUAGGGUGCAGACUAAUUUCUCUCCCCGUUGUUGACUUCAGGUUUAACCAACAAGUGUCUUUCUUUGCUGCAGGUGUGAGGCCUCUUUCGCCUUCUGCCCCCCACACUGGCCAUCUUUCUUCUGCUCCCCAGAGUGAUUCUUUGCUCAGAAUUGCAGGCUGCCUGGGGCCGGGCCUUCAGCACCUGAGCUGUGGGCUGGGCCUGGUCUCUGCCCUUAGACUUUCUCUUCUUAUUUACUUUUUGGUUUUUUUGGGGGGUGGGGGGCUGUUGUUGCUCUUGAACUUACUGUGUAGCCCAGGCUAGCCUUGAAUUCCUGAUCCUCCUGCUGGGAUGACAGGUAUGCACCAUAGCCAGCCCGCCUGGGACAUAAAAGCAAAAAGAAGCUCUCCAUGUCACAGCUGCCUAGUGUCCUUACAGUUCCCUUGAGGACCCAGAGACCAGAGCCUGCAGCACCCUGGCAUGUCCUGGCAUGUUGAAGCAGGUGUGGUGGUGUCAGCUGUGGGGACACUUACUGAAAGGUGUCUGGAGGUGUGCCUAGAACUCCAGCCAAACUUUAUUGCCCUGCCAAUUUUCAAAGAAGGAUGAGGAGUGUCGCCCUCAGGAUGCAGGGCGUGAGGUGAUAUGACCUGGGUUUCCAUGCAAGACAGUGUAGUCCCUGUCACUAGAAGCCACACAAAAUUUGGAGGCCACCUCUGGUGUAGGGACAGAUGUGACUGUGCAACUGGAUCCUGGGGUAGCUCCCCAAACUAGCUCCUCUUUUGAGUUGCUUUGUUUUUUCAUUUUCUUUAUUUUUUUUAUUUUUAGUUUUUGGUCUUUUUGAGACGGGGUCUCCCUGUAGCCCCAGCUGGCCUGGAACUCACUAUGUAGACCAGGCUGGCCUUGAA